UCAGCGGUAACGACUAUGGUUCAUCUCGUAGAACACUUCUUCAUCUGGCUGUGGAACCUUAUUUUGGAGAGACACUCCCAUCCACAUAUAUCACAGGCUGCCACUCUGAAGCCUUAUUUAAAUGCUAUUAGAGAAACUCUUAAUGCAGCCAUUUGUCUUCAGAACUUUGAUUCACAGAAUGUUGAGAGACACAACAAGCCAGAAGUGGAAGUAAAAAGCAAUAAAGAGCUACUUUUAACCCCAAUAGUCAUCAGUCGAAAUGAAAGAGAAAAAGUAUUAAUAGAAGGCAGCAUCAACUCUUUACGAAUCAGCAUAGCAAUUAAACAGGCUGAUGAGAUAGAGAGAAUUUUAUGUCACAAGUUCACACGAUUCAUGAUGAUGAGAGCUGAAAAUUUUGCUAUCUUAAGACGAAAACAAGUUGAAGGAUAUGACAUCAGCUUCUUGAUCACCAACUUCCACACAGAACAGAUGUACAAGCAUAAACUUGUGGACUUUAUCAUUCACUUCAUGGAGGAAAUAGACAAAGAAAUUAAUUUCCUCAAGCUGGCUGUCAACUCUAGAGCCAGAAUAAGUGCUGAAGAAUUUCUGAAAAAUUUCUAACACAUUCCAGUUUAGUUUCUAUUAUUCAGGAUGAUGGAUUGGUGCUGUAUUUCUCCUUGAGUUCAAUAGUUCUACCAUGUGCAAGUGUAACAGCAGGUCUGAGGAAACAUUCACAGCCUUACUAUGAUAGAAGUAUCUGCUGCUAUUUUUCUUGACACCACUGUAUUACUGUCAUUCUAGAAUGGAAGUGAUGAUGAAGAAUAUUUGUGAUACUUUUCCUUUUGACUAUCAACGACUCAUUAUUUUUCUUGUCUGCCUGCAAUGUAAUCCUAUUUUUAGUUGGUGGUAUGUAGGCAUUGAGGAAACAUGGAUAUAAUACUUGCUGGUCAUAAAUACAUUUGGUUUUGAUAAGUGAGGUCCAGUUUUUAUCAAUUUAUUUUCAGUUUAUUUGAUUCUUUUAAGAAAAAAUGUGUAGUUAAAAAAUAAAGAUCAUCAAAUAAGUUUUAAACAUUAAAUUGAACAUUUAGAUUUAAACCAUAGAAGUGCUAUCCUAAUUUUGACUUAUAUCAAGGAUAUGUACAACAAUGGAAUCUGUUUUUAUGCAAUCAUGGGUUAAUGUGUGACUACCAUUGUUAUAAUUAGAGGCAUACAAGAUGAAAUGUAGAGUCGUAUCUGUGGGUCUCUUCCAGGUGGAAAGUAGUUUUAAAUUUUAGCUUUUUUUUUUCCUUUAUAUUUUUAGCAUAUCUUUUUUUUAAUCCUAUUUAUUUUAGUUUGUUUUUGCUAGCAAAUGAAAACAAAAAAAUCUCUCUAGCUUGCAUGAUAAGCUUACCAGUAUCAGUUAUCAAUACUACAGGUGUUCUAUGAUGUAAACAUUAAUAGAAGCCUAACCUAAGAAGUGACUGUUUUAUUUUGGGCACAAGUGUGUAUUGAGUGUUUUAUACUUAAUUUAAAAGAACAUUAGCAACAUAAAUUAUUCUGUACAUAAUUAUAUCAGUGCAUAGUGUUUUUUUCCCCCCUCAUUUGUUAGGAAUUUAAAUGUAGUGUAAAAGUUCUUGUUGGUAUUUGCCACACUGCUGUUCAGAAAUUGUUAUUUGUUUAGGUCGGAUGUUUCCAGUGUGACACUAGCCAUCAUAUUCUUUCAAUUUCAGACUUGGCGGCAUUUCUUUCACAUUAAAAUAUUUUUUUUAUUUUAAUUAUUUUCCAACAAUACAAUUAGAUAUUACAUAUAAGUAUUGUAUGACUGUUACUUUUUAAUAUAUGUUAUGUAAAUGUUUCACUUGUCAGAAAUGAUUUUGUUGAUAAUUGGUGUAUGAAAGAGGCCUGUAAAUGUUCUAUUAAUAUUAAACUCCAUUUAUUAUAUACAUAUAUAAAACAAAACAA